AUGACGGGGUCUUACCUGAUUCAUCGGGGUGUUGCCGUGACCGCAGCACUUAUUCUCAUCUUUGGUGUGGUGAUUUACAAUGUACAUCAACUCAUCGUCAGUGCCGUCUUGCCGGAUAGUGUACUCGUCUCCCUUGCGUCCACGAUACAUGCAGGAACGCUGAUUCGCCUCUCUCUUUCGGUUUUCGUCGGUUGCACUGGUGCGCGGUUGCUUCAUGCUCAAGUAGCGCAAAAAGUAUCCAACCCCAUGCUUCUGAGACCAGUUAUGUGGAGCUUUUUUGUCAUCUCCCCCUGUAACAAUCUCACUGCCGGUCCUCGUUGUUUCCAUCAUGAAUUAUCAUAAAUGAAGUAAUUGGGAGCAACAAAUCCUGUCCGUAGUGAGGUAGAGGGAAUCACGAGAUGAAAGAAAGCAUUCGCUAAUCCGGCUGACGGGGGACCGUCAGACGAAGUAACUAAGAGUAACUGCUGGAGACAGAAGCAUGUCUUUAUCACCGGAGGCAGCGAGGGGACCGGCUUCGAGGUCGCGAAAAUUCUAGUGUGCGACAAGCAGGCGCGUGCGGUGACGCUCUUCUCUCGCUCACAGAAGAAACUCGAUGCAGCAAAAGCCGACUUGGAGAAGCUACAGGGCAAAGCCAUCGCAACCAUCAUCCGUGCCGUUUCUGGUGAUGUCACGAGCGUCGAAGCCCUGGAGAAAGGGAUGGCGGUAUAAGACCCUACCUGACAACAGAAGCAUCGCGUUCAUUCAUCUCAAAAGAAGUCUUGUGACUAAUACCGAAGAACGAAGUAUCCAGAAGAUGGAUGAUGUCAGAAAGAACUAGCGUUGAAUAUUCGAGUAAGUACAUAAGUACCACACCUUCGUUGUAGCUUGGAAUUGUGAUUCAACUACAACAUCUAUCAGGAAAGCUCGUCGAAUGAGUGCGGGUUUCCAGAUGUUGUGAUCUGUGCAGCAGGAAUAGCGAUCCCGGAUUACUUUGAGAAUUUGACACAGCGGGAUUUCGACAUGCAGAUGCAUGUCAAUUACAUGGGUGUUGUCAAUAGCGCGCGCGCGUUUCUUGCCGGCAGCAAGGGAACUUUUCUCAGUGGAACACCCAGAACCAGCGAUCAGACGUCCACUAAGUCUAGUCAAGGCGUAGCAACUGGCGGCGCAUGUGCGCCAUUACUCCUGGAUACGAGUGGGGGGUCAGAGUCCUCGCAACAAUUAUCUUCCAAGCCCAAAAAUUUUGUCGCUGUAUCGAGUUACGCAUGUGCGGUGCCCUUCAUCGGUUAUGCUGCUUACGCGCCGACCAAAGUGGCAGUGCGCGCAUUCUGCGAUGUGUUGCGAAAUGAAUUUGCCGACGUGCCGCACGUGGGUAUUCACAUCUGUUUUCCCCCUGACAUGGACACGCCUGGCUUUGCAGAGGAGAACAAGAGGAAACCGAUAGAAACGAAAAAGGCUUUUCCCGAGUGUUUUAACGAGCUUUUCCCGCCAGCGGACGUCGCGAAUAUGAUCCUUAGUGGUGUGGAAAACAACGAUUACCACAUCUCUUCCCCCGACGUAGUUGGGAACUUCAUUGUCAGUGCUGCGUGGGGGCACUAUCCGCGACCGUGGCUGCUAGUGGAGAUGAUGUUAGCUCCGCUCUUCGUGCUGCUCAAAGAAGUCAUAGUGCUAAUGGUUGACUCCGCGGUUGUUCGCUAUGCUCACCAUGCCAAAACGAAAGACGAAAAGAAGAAGAAGUGACGCAGGCCGCGACUGGAAUUUCGCUUGCUUGAGGUUACUUCUUCGAGAUUUUCAUGUUGUUCUUGGAAUUACCCAAAUCCAUUCACGUUUUCAAUCACAGAAGAGCCCUUGUGAAAUUGAAAGAUCUUCUUGGAAAAAUAUCAGCUUGAAGCAUGUCGUGACAACGUGAUGAAGAAUACCACUCUCUUCAUUCUUCGGAAAUGAAGCUAAUUAAGAGCUACAUGAUCUUGAUCAGAUUGAUCCGAUGCACAC